UGCUAUCUAAUUGUAAAGAAGUAAGUUCCAUUGUAUUAUUUACUUAUUUGUGUGAAAAAACGAUAAAUUUUGGUGUUUAUUUGUGUUCUGGUGAUCAAUUUUUUGCGGUUUAAUAUAAGGAUAUUUUAACUUUUUUUUUUUUUAGAGUCUAUCCUAGGGUUUAUUUGCACCAGAUUUUUUUUUCCUUUGAAUAUUUCUUAUGGUAAUGGUUAUAUAUAGUUUUAGCAGUCAUAUUUGUGCUUUAGUGUUUUUUAAAUGAAGAGCCUGUAUUGCUGACAUUUAUCUCUGUUGCGAACAGAGAGAUCAAUUUUCGUAAAUACCCGUCAGUAGCAAGGAAGCAGUAUUAAUAAUCACUUGCAAGAACAGUAAUUCUGAAGGAGAACCACUUUUCUGAAGAAGAAGAAGAAGAAGAAGAAGAAGAAGAAGAAAAAUUCAAAAUUCUAAAAUCCAACCAUUCACAUAAUUUAAAAGUAUGCAUAAUGAAGAUAACCAACUUUUCAUACAAUUUUAAAGCGAAAUGGGAGGUGAUCAUGGCCACGGUCACCAUGCCCCCAUGUGCAAGAUCCCUGAUUGGAGGAUUUAUAAGGUAGAGAGCUCGCCAGAGCUCAUGGAAGUGAAACGACUUCUGGCGCAGAAGGGCCUAAAGGAUCCGUGGCUCAGGAACGAGGUGUGGCGCUACGACCGCUCGCAGUUCGCCCACCCGACCCAGAACUGGAGGAGAGUGUUCAUGCGGGGCUUCUGGCCGGGACUCGGGCUCACCGUGCUGACCAUCGCCCUGGAGAGCCUGUGGGCGAAGGCCCACCCCAGCGAGCAUGGCCACGGCCACCACUAGCGCCGCUAGGACUAGUCUAGACCAGGAGUGUUGGCGUCGGUCCACUCUGUACAUACUGUUCAAAAUAAAUCAUGUAUUUCAGUA